AUGCUCUUUCCGAGGAAGAUAAGGAAAAAAGUUUUCAAUGACUGGCCAAGUUCAGCUAGCGGGCCAACAGGAGACAAGAAAGACUUUGUGAAGAAAUGUAUUGGUAAAAAACAAUACAAAUUACUUUGAAACCUCUCAUGAAAAAGGAGAGCAAGAUGCAGCUCACUCACAUAUAAAAAAAAAGAUCAGCCAAGUAGUUCUCAACAGGACUGACACCAUCAAGAGUGCUAAGGCCAUGCAUGAAUACCUGGAAGUCAACUUCAUAUAGCCUGCUUCAAAUGCAGCUCACUUAAAGCAGUCUUCUUCUAUGUACCAUCUGAAGGGGAAGAGGCUGUUUCUAGAAACAGAGAUGGAAGAAAAUUUAAAAAGAUAAAGGGAAUCAGGCAAUGGCAUCGUGUUAAGUCUUCAGCCCUGCAAGAAAAAGUGUUGGUCCAACACCUUUCCUGCUAGUGCAUUAAUUGCAUUAUGAGUAGGGAGGCUCAUUGUGCAAACAAGGCAUUGAUGAAUGAUUGGAAAGAGGUUAGCAUUGCUACAGAUGGCUCAGUGGCAACAACCAAGCAAGCCAGAGAGAAUACCCUUGACCAUGAC